ACUAGAUCUCCUAUUUAAGAUGUAGGAUCCAAUAUAAUGGAUAUAUGGAUCCGAGUUAAGACGGACAGUGAAAAAAGGCCUACUGGUACAUGUACGUCUAGAUACACUGCGAGCAAAGUGUGAGACAAGCAAUCAGAAACGGGUUAACUCUUGCUGAAAGGUUGGGGAAUAUUUUCGUUUAUUAUACAAAUUAGAGACAGAAAAACAUUUGCUGACCCCGAAAGACGCAAAGAAAUUUGAAGACAGUCAGUAUGGUGAAAGUCCAAGUACAACUUGCAGCAUUGCUGGCCCUUUGCCUUGCUGGUGAACGACCAGCUGAGGGCCGCGCUAUGUGGGUACUAUCAGGACCACGAUCAGCCCCGCCAACUAGUGGCAAUAACGGAUUUAAAAGCGGAAAACCUAAUGAAAAGUCAUUUGCGCCUCAAACAAUGGGAAGCCGAUAUCUACCGAGCCCAUUUGGUAAUAUGGCACCGAAACCGUUUGGACCAAAAGUGAAUAAUGGAGCUGGGAGGAAGAUGCCUCCUAUGAAACCACUGACGGACAUUUGUGAGACGCUCCCCGAUAAGUGUCCCGUUUUUCCGCCAGAGGCCCCCACGAUCUGCGCCUCGGAUGGGAAAGAAUACCCGUCCACAUGCGACCUGCUAAAAGCAAACUGUGAUUCUGAAGACGACGUGUACCGCGUUCCCUGCAAAGACGAAGCGCCCUUCUUCAAACCGAGCGUGACGCUGUUUGGCGGCAAAAAGCCUUUUACCAACGGCGGCCCUCCACCUGUGUCCGGCGGUUCUCCAGGCUUUGCUCCUAGCGUGGUAACAGGUUUCAGACCAAGCGUAGAGAUCGAGUGUGGUUCGCUGCCUGAGUGCCCCCUUGCAAAGGAAGGGACGCCUAAGUUGUGUGCGUCAGAUGGCAAGACGUACACUUCCCAAUGUGAACUGGAAAAAGCGAACUGUGCCUCCGAUACGAAAAUAUGGCCCGUCCGUUGUGCAGGCACCGCGCAAUCUGGCGGUUUUGGGCAACCUGGACCCUUCCCUCCCCCAAGAUGGCCGGCUUCAAACGACAGGUGUGAGACGUUACCGGAAGUGUGCCCAGAUGUCCCGGAUGGACUUCCGGAAAUCUGUGGAUCUGACGGGAACACGUACUCUUCACCUUGUGAACUGGAGAAAGCAAACUGCGCCUCCGAUACAAAAAUAUGGCCGGUCCGUUGUGAGGGCGACGAUGAGACAUUCCCACCUGGACUUCUGCCUCCCCCUCUGAGACCGCCAAUGGAAGACAUAUGUGAUAUGUUACCGAAAGUGUGCCCAGAGGCACUGGAUGGACUUCCGGAACUGUGUGGUUCUGACGGGAAGACAUAUUCCUCGCCAUGUGAACUGCAGAAGGCGAACUGUGCCUCCGAUACAAGAAUAUGGCCGGUCCGUUGUGAGGGCGACGAUGAGACAUUCCCACCCGGACUCUUUCCUCCCCCUCCGAGACCGCCUGUGGAAGACAUAUGUGAUAUGUUACCGGAAGUGUGCCCAGAAGCAAGGGAUGGACUUCCGGAACUAUGUGGAUCUGACGGGAAGACAUAUUCCUCGCCAUGUGAAAUGCAAAAAGCCAACUGUGCCUCAGACAUAAAGAUAAGGCCCGUCCGUUGUGAGGGCGACGAUGAUGCAUUCCCACCCGGACUCUUACCUCCCCCUCUGAGACCGCCAAUGGAAGACAUAUGUGAUAUGUUACCGGAAGUGUGCCCAGAGGCGCCGGAUAGACUUCCGGAACUGUGUGGAUCUGACGGAAAAACAUAUUCCUCACCGUGUGAAUUCCAAAAGGCAGGGUGCGGCUCGGAUGUCAAAAUAUUCCUGGUCCCAUGCGAGGGUUCUGACCCGUUCAAGGGACGCCCCCCUCCCCCUUAUCCCGGGGAUGGCUUUAAACCGCCCUUUUCGGAAGAACUCUGUGCCACUCUCCCUGAAAGUUGCCCUCUGGCACCGGAAGGGGCUCCGGAAGUAUGUGGUUCGGAUGGAAACAAAUAUGAAUCUCGGUGUGACCUGAUGAAAGCAGUCUGUGCCUCUGAGGGCGAUAUCUACCCAGUGCCUUGCGACACGGACUUGCCAAUCUUACAGCCACGCCCCAGGCCACGCCCUAUGCUACGCCCCAUGCCUCGCCCCUUUUUCUUAAACGGACCUCCUUCAGUCCCGGGGGGAGACGGUCCUGCUAUCGAGAUCUUGCCAGAGGAUAAGUCACCAAACGCUGCUUCCCGGGUAACAGGCGGCAUCAUCGCUCCGUUCGGUCGCAUUGGACAAAAAUCAACUUUAGCAGGAGGACCGACUGGCCGAUUUGGUUUUCUCCCAUCAGCAGUUCAAACGCUCCAAAAUCGUCCUAGAGGUCCGGCUUACGGUUUGGCGUCCAGUGGAAGCCAAAGUUCACGACAGUUUCCUGCGGGUAUUUUUCCGUCUUCCGCUGGUGGGAAAUAUGGCCUGCCCAAGUCCAUGCAGGGCUACGGGGCUGGCGGGAAUUCCGCUCCAAAGCCACAACCUCGUUUUGGAGUUCCUCCGGGAAUGGGGUCAAAGGGUAUCCCGUUGUUUGGUGGCCCUCUGGGACGAAUGUCGGCAUUAGCUAAGUACGGCAAGCCCAACGUCUAUGGAAGCCCUUCAGCAUAUGAGAGUGACUAAGCUUUGAGGAUUGUUUCCUGGGUUUCUUUUUGGGAAGAACCUUCAGAUAGAGGUGUUUCUGGCUGGCCAGUUACAUUCCAAACGACGUGGAAUCGAUUAUGAUACAUAUCUAUUUCAAGAAGUAUAAAUUUGUAAUAGUAUUGAAAUUUUGAUUUUUCAGACAGUUUUUAUUUUUGUAGUUAUAUUCACUACCUCAAA